GGCUGUUCUACUGUAGAUAACCACGUGGCUAUUAUCUUUUCGUUAUCAUCCGAGUCUUUCGCUAUAUUGCUCAGCUUUACUCAGCCGGAGAUUUCUCAGCAAAUUACAGCCAUCUCCUCCAAAACUACGCCGACCACAUCAUCCAGAGGCUGUCGAUGGCGGCACCUCACGAAACAGAAGACUAUAUUGAAGAGGAAGAAGGGGACGUGUUCAUCGACUCGGGCGAUGUCCUUGCAGAAGUUCCCGAUGACGGCGACCAUCUUAUGGACGAGGAUGAAGAAGCAGAGGACGGGGUUGGCAAUCUUCCAUCUGGGGAUUCCGAUGUGAAGGACAACUCGCUGCAGCACUUCACCACUCACAAUGGCUCUGUAUUUACUAUAUCAUGUCAUCCCACGGAACCGCUUGCAGUCUCCGGGGGGGAAGAUGAUCUUGGAUACAUAUGGGAUAUCACGGAUGGAGAAGUUAUUGUGAAGUUGACUGGACACACGGAUAGCGUAUCCAGUGCGUCUUUCAGCUCCGACGGUCAGAUGAUCGCGACUGGAGGGAUGGAUGGAAAGGUGAGGAUAUGGAGAAGAGUUGGCACAGUGAACUUCAGAAAUUGGGAGUUCUUGACUGAGCUUCAGGGUCCAGAUGAAGUGAUUUGGCUACGCUGGCAUCCCCGCGGAACAAUUUUACUUGCAGGUUCCAACGAUUCUACAGUUUGGUUGUGGCAAUUGCCAUCAGGAAAUACCAUGCAGGUAUUCGCCGGACACAGUGGUCCAGUUCAAUGUGGCGAGUUUACGCCUGACGGCAAGCGGGUAGUUACCGCCUCUGAGGAUGGAACUCUCAUAUAUUGGGAUCCGCGAUCGCCAACGCCAAUAUUCAAACUUUCACCACAGGACGCCCGUUUUGAUCUCGAGAACAUUACAUCCCUUGCAAUUAAUGCCUCUUCUACGCUCGCAGUUGUUGGUGGCACGUCGGGGAGUGUGCGUAUAGUAAGUCUCAGCAAGGGUGAAGUCGUCGGCGCCCUUGGGGGACACGCUGAGGGGGAGAGCGUUGAAGCUGUGCAAUUUGUCGAUCUCACGGGAACGGGAAACAGUCCUGGUGUUGUAGUCACUGGGGGGACUGAUGGAAAAGCGUGUGUAUGGGACCUCACCACAAUGAGACUCCGCGCAACUCUCGAGCAUCAGGACGCAGUAACUUCACUGUUAGCUCACCCGGCACCAAAAAGUCACUUGAUAGUGUCAGCGUCCGCAGACAAUACGCUCCGCACGUGGGAUGCUCGCACUGGCACACUAGUCAAGGAGCACACUGGGCACCAUGGUCCUAUACUCAGCGCAUCCCUGGGACUCCAAGGUUCGGUGGUUGUUAGCGGUGGGGAUGAUUCGGCUUGCCUAGUUUUCACCACGGAAGUCGACGAGUCGGGAUAGGGGGUCACAUUUACGAAGGACCUGCCACACAGCGGCACCAUUUAAACGCAUGUCACUAGAACGAUACCUCGUACUAUCCAGUGGGACUUACAAAGUGUUCGAGAUUUGCAAUAUUGCUUUGAGAAGUGUGGUGGGGACGUACGAGGCUUCACUUCACAUCGUCACUCGUAGGCAGACCAAAUAGAAGUAAAAUAAUCGUUCCUUCAGGAAUAUUUAUACAGGCGAACGCGGCCGCGGUCUGAUCGGAUAGAGGGCAGACGGCUCUUCGGCUGCGGAUUAUCCUAAGAGGGUCCCG